AUGCCUUCCCUGUUCAUUGCUCUCCGCGCAUGCCUCUAUGGUGCGCUCGUUCAUCUCCCGGCGGCGCUCGGCUCAUUAGUUGCAGCUGCGGUUCUCUUGUUUUCACUGAUCUGCCUGUCUAUGGCGGGACACUUUGCCAGUGCGUUCAUGUCCUCGGAACUCACGAGUUUCGUUCCCUUCGCCCUGUUCGUGUGUGUAGUCAGCCUGUUGUUCAUGUCGGCUCUUCUGGGCUUCAGUGUGAUCAAGAAGGAGCGCAAUCCUAUUUCACUGAAGAUUGAGUUGUUGAGUCUGGGCUUUGUGGGCAUCAUCUGGUUCUCGCUAGGAAUCUUCUUAGCGACAUCCAAUGCCCAAUCAGCGGAUGUGGAGUGUUUCGCGUCCGAGUCGAAUUCCACGACAAUGACUGUUGACGACACUACUUCAGCUCUACAGACCGAACAAUUUCACGCCAUGUAUCACGUUCUAGAGGCCUUUUCAUUGCUUAACGCCAUCCUCGUGCUGUUCGCAUUCUUCACUCUACUGUUCUUCGCUUGUCGCCGCAAACUCGAGGGCGACUCUCACAUGUGGAUGGGACCAGUCACGGCUGGGGUCUUCCUCGACUACAGCAAAUCGACUGCGCGGUCGAAUCCUCGCAAGCAGAAUGAGCUGCCGAUGCCAGCAACUCUCACCGAGAAGCCGACGCGUCGGGGUCACUCCAGACACAAGUCCCACAACAAAGAAUCGACUGCGAAGCACAGCCGAUCCCGGACGCAUGGGGCUGCAGACCGCUACACCCGGCGUGCGUACCAAGGGGGUUCUGGCCAGUCUUCUCUCAUCGGAUCGAACGAGUUUGAUAACGGUGAGAUGCACAACCCCAACCGCCGUCCGUCCCGUCUCACGCCCAACCUGCUGGAUCCUCCUCAGCCUUCACUUGAAGCCAUGCCUCGACACACAUCACUAUCCCAAGAGUUUGAGGUUAUCGAUGUAGACUCGCUAGAAGAAGAAGACUUCCGCCCUAUUCAGCGGCAACGCUUACCCGAACCACGUGCGAGGUCUCCAGAGGUAAUAGAACUGCUGGACAGCGACGAUGAGUUUUCUAUGUGGGUUAAUGGCUCGAGCGGUCCAAAUACUGCCUCUACGUCGAUGAGCAAUGGAGAGAGGUCUAGAACGGACCAGCGACGUUAUAUUUCCCCGCCACCUCCUCCUACCGCAUACAAUAAUGUGCCCCCCGUCCCGUCUCUACCACCCCGUUUCCAGAGCUUUGCCUCCUUCCCUGGUCCCGUGCAUCGUUCCCGUCACCCAGCACCCGUGCCUUCCGGAUCGACGUCCCGCAACCCGAUCCCCGCGCCGAUCCGCCCGUUCGAGCAGGAUUUCGAUUUCCAAUUCGCAUCGCCUCCCCGCCAGACCUCUCCGCGUCCAGCAGCGGUGCCUCCCCGGCGGGCUUUCUCGCCGGAGUUCCGCCCCGCCCCGGCUGCGCGGCAUAAUCCUCCGAUGGGAUUCGGUGGCGCUCUGAUCAGCACUAACAAUGCGCGCCUUGAGGCCGAGCGGGCUGAGCGGCAGAGGAGGAUGGACCGUCGGCUCGCUGGGGGGCGGGUGGCACCCGGAAUCGCUCAACCGGAUGGUGGCAGGUCUGGUCUCGACGGCUGGCAUGCCGCUAAUCACAAUGUCGGCUACAUGCAGGGGAUGACCAACACGAACCCCUUCCGUUGGGGGGGCGAGGGCGCGCCAGUGAACCAGGUCAACGUGCUCGCUCUGGGGCAGCUUGAGGGCGCGGAUACUCGUACACAGGGGGACGCGCAACUUGCGCUGGAUCUCUUCCUCGCUGAUGCCGAGCACGGCGCCCGUGCGGAUAUGGCUCAUUUUCGCCGCUGGGCCAUCUUUCGGCCACCUCGAGAAGAAGACAAGUACAAAAAAGAGUGGACACAUCCGCACAGGCUGGAUCCUGGCUUCGUCAGCGACUUUGCACCCUCUGAUGCCCUUUCUGGGGUGGUCGAGGAUCACGGCAAAGGCAAGGCCAAGGAGUUCAUUGAUGUCGACGCUGAGAACGACGGUGGUCCCAACAUGCCGCUCGUGUGUGUCAAAUGCUUGGAACCCCUCUCCAUGUGCUCGGAGCUCAGUAUACCGGAAGAUGAACUGCGCAAGCGGCGUGUCUGGGGAUUGCGUUGUGGGCAUGUCAUUGAUGGGAAGUGUGUCGACCUAUUACGGAUACCCCAGUCUGCUGCAGAGCCCCAGACUGCUGCUGCGGAACAACCAGAUCAAAAAGAACCAGAUGAGCAGACGGAGGACGAUGGCGACGCCGGCGGGCUCAUCCCAGCCCCGAUUGCAUCUCGUUUGCGUCAUCGAGCUACUCUCGGUGUGCCUACAAACGGCACCUCUCGGCGUGCUUCGGCACAACGAGCCAAAGCUAAAGCGAAGCCCAAGGGGAGACAGGCCCGGAAACCCGUGGUCGAAGUCGAGUUUACUUGGGACUGCCCUGUUGAAAGCUGCCGAAGAAAGCACGUGACUCAGAGGAUCGCUGGGCAGUGGAUCAACCCUCCAGACACCGGCGCAAUCCCAAUGUUUGUAUAGAGUGACAAGAUAACAGCAACUCAUGGGUCACCGCAAUGUUUCCACAUGCGGACAUAGUCUCUGCGGGGUUUAUGAGUGACAGAAGGAACGGGACAUGGUCGGACACUUACACGACCAUCGCCCGGUCUUCGAGAUUCUCGGGCCAAGUCGGGAGCCACUGCUUUGAGCCUUGGAUGAAAUCGACCAUAGGAUCUGCGCACAAUCAGAGACAGUCUCCCGUGAACAUUGGAUCAAACUGACUGCCAGCCGCAUUUAGCCAGGGCUUAUCUCCCUGCCCGUCAGGAAACCAGCCGUUGGUACCUCCGACGGCGAUAUUCAUGAUGAGAUAGAAAUCUACGUCGCAUUCAGCGUCAUCGAAUGCAGGCAGUCAACAAAUCAAGCACCUUGAUCGAACGGAGUCGCGCUCGUUCCGUUGGUCCAGGGAUCGGACAAUGACUGCAGCCGGCCAUCCUGUCCCACGAUCGUUGACGGGAAGUCCCCGAGAUCCCAGAAGGGCUGUUUGAACGGGAAAUCGAGUAGAGUGUGCAAGCGCGUGUCGACGAAUAUCCGCAGCCACUUGUCUGUCCAUUCCAGCGUAUACGUGUGGAAUCCGCUGCUGAAUGCCUGUCGUUUCUCCGUCCACCACGAAUACGAUUUGCCGACCCCGUUCAGGCCUGGCGUCGGUCCCCAGUUGAGCGAGCCUUGAACGUAGUUGGCUCCUCUGCCAAUCCGAAUUAGUUUUGCGGGAAUGAAGCUGCAUCAACUUGCCACACCGAUUAGUGUACUGGAUGCCAUUGCCUCGGCUCUCGACGAUAUCAAUCUCUCCGCUCGCGGGCCAGGGCCCGUAGGUGUUGUUCACCGGCAACAUCCAAAUCGCCGGCCACAGCUUUGACGCGUGAGUAACGGACAAGUCGAGAAGCAGCAGAAGACUCUCACCCAGUCACCCACGGGCAUCUUCGCACGGACUUCGACCCGCCCGUAUCGCAGACUGCCGCGCGAGAGGCCAGAUUCGUCGCCCUUAGCGGAUAAGAUUGUGCUCAAUCUCGCGCUUUGAACUGGAUUGAUGAUCGUGCCCGCGGUCGAGUUGGUCGUCCGGCUGCAGGCAGCGUAGUAUCCAUCCCAGUCGAAGCUGGGCAGCCUAUGCUGCCUGGUGCAGGUGGUUUAGUGAAGCCUCCGUUCGGAGCCGUGAGAUUGAAGGUGCAGUCGGUGCUGUUAUAGGUGGUGCCUGCAUUUAUUCAAUCUCGGGAAUGACGCGCGUCUCGUUCCACUCACCCUCCGGGAAUGGGAAUCCGGGCGUCAAACUGGGCACGAGGUACAGAUUUCCGUUCUGGAGGAACGAGUUGUUCGACGAUCCUGUGGUCAUCUGGAACUCCCCGUUCCCGUAGCCGUCCAUCUGCACCUCCCUCAACCACCGCCCACGCGAUGUAGCAGUCCCAAAUACAGCUGCAUCGUCCCCGCUGUUGAAAUUGUCCUCGAAGACGAGGCAGAGUGGCUGGCGGUCGAGGCGGACGUUCUUCCAUGUGAGAUAGGAUUGGAGGCCGCCCAGUCCUGCACCGACGAAGAGGAGGAUCCAUGUCAUGAAGUAGCUGACUUUUGCCCGUGGAUUGGAUCUCUUGAGCCACGGCUUAUCGACCGCUUUGUAGGGCUCCAUAAUUGGAAUUGCGGUGGAUUUCAUGCGCUUGGGACGUUCAGACCCCAGCGAUGCGGGGUCGACGACGCCGGUGUUGGCCCGCGUCAGUGGGGGAGUGUCGAACGGAUUCGUGGCCAUGGUCAGAGGAAGGAACGGGACGAGAGGACCGGAAGUGAAGGGGAGGAGCGGCGGACAGGGUAUCAAUGUCUGUAACACGACAUUUACUCCGUUAUGACAUGUCCUCGCGUUGGACCGCCCCGAAAAGAAGGGUUCCCAUCGGAGUCAGGACGCUUCCAAACGGGCGGACGGCAUGGUACGAGAGACAACGUGAAGGCCGGCCCUGGCCCCUGGCAGAUAUCUCGACACAGGCCAUGACAUGCGAUUACAGUAACAUAGAGUUAUCAAAAGAGAAUCUGUCGGAAUCUGGUUUCAACAUAGGAGCGGCCAGUGCAGCAGAAGGCAGAUGCCAGAUGGAGGUUGUUCACGAGGGUAAUCACAAUCAAUUUUGCUUCCGUGAUGGACCUGGCGGCUUUGUCAUUUUGACAGAUGGCGAUGCCGCGGGGAUUUACCGCUGGGCAGCCGAGGGAACGGGCAGUAUUGAGGCAUGAUGACUGUGCGAUGCAUAGCAUCCAGACCAGAAUGGGCGUUUAGCAUUUUAAAUUUUGGGUGGAGUUCGGUGAUUAGGAUACCUAUUCCACCGCACAUGAACGUCAGCCAGGCUCAGAAAGCAUCGUCGGCUUCAUGAGCAGACACUGAGGAGUGCUCGGCUAGUUGUAUAUGCUCUGCUGUAAUUGUGGAGGGACAUCGUAGAAGCGCCUCGCCGAUUCCAGAGCACCGAAGUCCGGCUUCAUUUUGCCUUUCCGGAUGUGGAUCAAUUGAAUGGCUGCCUUUAUCCGCCUUUGCACUGCGUCCUGUCCAGAGAUUUUCGGUAAAUUCCAGACAGGAUUGUGGACAGCGAGCUUUAUUAUCAUUGGGGAUGCUUUGCGGCCUGAAACAAUCACGCCCGGCUUGACAUUGCCGACAAGCGGGUCCCGUGGAUAUUUCCUACCUGACCGAUAAGGCAGGUUUGGGUGAGUUGAGUGGGAACGAUUUGCGCGAGCACAA